AUGGACGAAAUCGAAGAGUUGCGCCGUUUGCUUCGGGAGGAACAGCGUCUACGUGAAGAAGAACGACGCCGACGCGAAGAAGAACGGAAACAAGAACAACGCAGAUUCGAAGAAGAACAAUUCCGACGUGAAGAAGAACAACGUCGUCGCGAAGAAGAACAACGCCGUCGCGAAGAAGAACAACGCCGUCGCGAAGAAGAACAACGCCGUCGCGAAGAAGAACAACGCCGUCGCGAAGAAGCUGAGAGAUUGGCAAAGGCGUCACUACCGCUGACUCUCCAGCAGUAUCUUGAGGCCUGCCACUCGCUUGAUCUUGCUGUCGACGUCGUAACAGACCGAUCGCUGACAACACAAGGCGACACAACCAACCCAACUGGCAGGAUCUUCCCUCGUCGUAUCAUCCCAUGGGAGAAUUUCCCAGCCAAGCAACAAAAGAUCUGGGAAAAACUCUCUAUCAGCCCCGAAUUCGCUUCUCAAACGGUGUUUCCAUCUCAACAUCAAUUAUCAUACGUCAAGUCUAUACUCCAACCAAUAAGCAGUGAAAUUGGUCUGCGGAACUUCGAGCGUGAUGUGGUCGAAAAUGCUGUUCAGAAGAUGGUUGACGAGACCUACAAGGAUCCCAUCUUGCGAAACGGCCUUGGCCUUAAGGGAACCGUGACCUUUGAGAGUCACACGAACCUCGGGGAGCAUAGUGACUCGACUCUUCAAUCUAUGGAACGCAUGUCAAUCAGUGGAAGCGACUCUCGUGCCCUCGCGUCAGCGUCGACGACGAGGACACGAGGCCAAAAGCCACGACGAAAGGCGAAGGGGAAGGGCAACAGGGCGGACCAGUUUUGCAUAUACAGGACAUCGGAAGGCAAAAAUGUGCCCACGAUCGCUAUUGAAUACAAGGCACCACACAAGCUGAGCGUUGACGAGAUUGUCACUGGGCUUGAUUCAGAGAUCCGGCCGGAACGUGAUGUGAUCAACAAGGAUGGCCAGGGCUUCACCUUUAAUGCUAGAGCGCUCACCGCUGCGGUCGUCACGCAACUCUUCUCCUACAUGAUAGGCAAAGGCAUACGAUAUGGCUAUUUCUGCACCGGGCAGGCUUUCGGUUUUCUAAAUAUCCCGGAUGAUCCAAGCACGGUGUACUGCGCCGUGUGCGUGCCAAAACUGGAUGUUAUGGAUGACGAUGAGAACAGGCUCCAUCGCACAGCUGCCGCCCAGGUAUUCGCUUUCCUUGUUCAAGCUCUGCUGGCCACCCCACCUGCAGAAUCAUGGCACGACGAUGCUGAGAAGCUUGGUCGGUGGGACGUCGAAUACGAAGAUAUAUUAAGCAAGAUUCCACCGUCAGAACGAAAAGACAAGGAACCUCGUGCAUCGCCUUACAAGCCUCAACGUUGGAAAGGAUUUACUCGGUCACCCAUUCGAACCCGCUCCAGCUGUCAGCCGCCGGUGACACGGCCAGCGCGCUCAGAAGAUCAGGAUGAUUAUGAUCCUCCUUCCCCCACGCCAAACCUAUCCGGUAUGGGCAAGAAACAAGUGCAGUCAGCCAAAACAGACAGCAGCGGUGGGGGGGAAAGUGGCCAGCGAACACAGCGCCAAAGCCGGCAGCAGCAGCAGCGGCAGCGAGGUGAAACCCAGCCUCAUAUCGAAGACCGUCUAUAUUGCACUCACCGAUGUCUUCUUGGAUUAGCACAUGGAGGGCCCUUAGAUGAGGAUUGUCCCAAUGUGCAUUAUCACGGCAGGGUUCAUAUUCCUCAGGCUAAGUUCCUUCGGCUCAUACGCGCCCAGCUGGCAAGAGACCGUGGCCCUGAUGCAGAUUGUAUUUCGCUCUACCUAUCAGGAUCGCGGGGGGCCCUAUUUAAGGUGCGACUGUCGUCCUACGGCUACACAUUUGUGGCAAAAGGCAUGGAAAGUUUCGAUCAUAAGUUUCUAGCUCACGAAAGCCAAGUUUAUUGCAGACUUCACCCCAUUCAGGGCAAGUACGUGCCAGUAUGUCUUGGUAUCGUCGAAUUAAUACGCCCAUACCAUUAUGACGGUGGAGUCUACACCAGCUUCCUAUUUCUUAGUUGGGCUGGACAAUCUCUCACUCGAUGUAUUAACCCAGCUAACAAGUUAAGUCUCGUUAAUGGAGUCACAACGGCAUUGAAGGAACUUCAUAGAUUAGGAGUUCUCCACUGUGAUGCCGAACCUCGUAACAUGUUAUUCGAUCCAAAACUUGGCAGCAUAAUGCUGGUGGAUUUCGAACGAUCGGAGUUUCGUGAUCGUCAUCCGCUUGCAUCCGUGAGUUCGAAUACUGAAGGUCGAAAGAGGAAACAUGGGGUAAAUCGCAAACAAUCUGAGGAUGACUGGGCGAAAGAGCUACGAUCAGCUGCAAAUUUGGUGCUUUGGCGGCCCACUGCACACGAUAUUCACCUCCGGUAG